AUGACUACUAUCCUUCACAAGUUAAAAGAAUUUGGUCUGAACUGCUUGAGAUUUAUAACUUUGGGGAAAAUCUACCCAGGCUUAUACUAUGAGAAAAGAUCUUAUUACAUUUCAUGGAUUUCAACGAUUCUGACAAUAUUUGGUCUAGCGAUUCUGGUUUAUUUUUCAGUACUAGUUUUGAUUGAUAUUUUCUAAUGUAAAGUGAAAAGUGUAAAAUUUUAAGCUGAUUAAGAUAAAUAAAAACUCAGAGUCGACUAGUCUACAGAGGAAUAAUUAAGUAUUCCUCAAACUAAUGAUGAAUGUGGAGGCUAUAAAUGCCAAUUUACUUAGCCUUUUAGUAAUGUGACCAUCAAAAGCAUUUGCCAAAAAAAUAUUAUUGAUAAUUUUGGCUGGUACUUUGAUAUAAGGCCAGACUUAGAGGAUGCAAAGAAAGCCACCUAAGAUAAUAAUCUUUACUUUGAUUACGGUUUAUCAUAUCAAUGUAAUUGUUAACUUUAAUCAUCUUGUUUUGAUAAUAAAUAUUCUGACGAUGCUCUUUAUUACUACAAGUCAUAUUACUAUGACAAUCAAGGUUCUAUGCAAGGAAUCAUUGAUAUAAAAAAUAUUGAUUCUCUAAAUCGCUCUCGACUCGUUAUGUAAAUGAAUUAUUAUAUGAUUAAUGAGACUGACAGUGUUACCAAUAUAAACCCUACCUUCUCAUUGGAUUAUUAUUUUACAGUAAAGCACAUCUAAAUUUAAAACAAUUAUGGCGAAGAUGGGUAAUUUGUCUUUGAAUUUGAAUAGGAUGAAAAUUCUUAAAUUUUUGGAUAUUUAUUUGCAAUCACAGUCAUUCCCCAAAAUAUCUUAUAUGGGUUAGCUUAAAUUGGUGGAUAUUUAUCACUAUUUGGAGCAUAUACCAUACUAUUAUAAACAAUCAAUAGAUGGAGUCUUAAGAAUAGUUUUAAGAGCAAUAUUACUAUGACUAAUAUGAAAACGUAAACAAUUGAGAAAAAAGCAAAUAUCAGUGUGAGCGAGGUUAUAUCUAUAGAGAAAUUUUAUGAAAUGUAAAUUGAAAUGAAAGAACUUAGGAUGUCUCUAAUUGAGUUAAAGAAAUCUAAAGAAGACUAUAAGUAAGAAGAGAAUAAAGACUAUCAAAAUGAUGACUAAAGCUAGUUGUUGAGAAAUUCUAAUAUAGAUAAUCAAAGUGUAAACCAAAUUAACAAGACUUAAGAUUUAGCAUCAAGCCACAGAUAAUCUAUGUUUACUUGA